AUGUACGACGAACGCGACCACCGGGCGCAUGAUCGAGACGAGCGCGAUCGCUUCCAACGACGAUCCCCAGGCUCACGGGACAACCAAUAUCGCUCGCGGCAUGACUCUUCUAGAUCGCCAAGAAGGAGCCGUGGAGAGGAUUCCUAUCGUGCCGAUCGUCAAGGCUACACACACUCGGGAUACAGCGACAGAAAUACCGGGGGUUGGUCUGACCGCGAUCGAGAACAGUCCAAAUAUGACUCUGGACACGGAAAUGGCAGAUAUGCUCGACAAGGUUCUCCUAGCUAUGGGCGCGAGGCACGCUCUCCCGAUCGUGGCCGAGAGCGCAGUUAUAGAGCACGUUAUGACCAGAGAGAUCACGGUCGCUACAGCCCAAGGGACCAUUCCCGCAGUCGCUCACCCGAUGAUGGCUACUACAAUGACGGGGGAUAUCGAUCGGGCCCGGGUCGGCCGUAUCACACCGUAAAACUAGACGACAUUCCAGACUACAUGAGCACGCAAGAGAUCGAAGACGCUUUGCACGAUGCCGGCGCCAAAGGCCUAACUGAUUUGCGCGUCAAGGCCGACGAUAGAAGCAACGAUCGCCGAUGUUAUGCUUUUGCCGAGUUCAACUCCGAGGACGCUUCUGUCGCAUUCCUUGAACAACACUAUCCGGCCGUCGAACUUACAUGUGCCGAUGGGGCACGUAUUCGGGCUCCGAUAGCAUACAGCAGAGAGCGCCGACAAGCCCCCAAAGUUGAUGACUGGCAAUGUACAAUGUGCCAUUUCGAAAACUUUUCAAGAAGGGCAACCUGCAAGCAGUGCAAAGCCCCCCGGCCUUCCGAGGACGCCGCAGAAAUGCAACUAGACGGCAAUAGUGACGAAUGUCCGCAGCAGACUGCAUCCCAGUUUCUGGUCGUCCGCAAUCUUCCUCCUUCCAUCAGCGAGACUGUCUUUGCAAAUGGCAUCAAGAAGCUUUAUGUGGACAAGGAGGAGGAGCCAAAGCAGCCGGCAGGUGCCCCUGUGAAGCUCAAGAGUACUGCUCCCGUCGGUAACACUUCCGGCCUCGGUGCCAAACCUGGUUCGCUCUCCAGAGUCUUCCUGAUACGCGACCGGUAUACAGAUGCUACGUGCAGAUACGGCUUUGCUGAAUUUGCUCAUAUUGACGACGCCCGUGCCGCCAUGGCCAAGUUCAAUGCCUCUCCUCAGUUCACCAUUGGGUCAAAGCCAGUCACGGUAGCAUACAUACAUUCGGGCGUCUUCAUACCAUUUUUGAAACCCGUCAUCACGGAACAAGAUACGAAAUUCAGCUUCUCGGCCAGCCACAAUCCGUCUUUGCGACUGAGCUACUGGAAUCCCACCGUCUACGCAAGCGAGUCCACGGUUUUCAACGAGGAUUUGUAUGAGGAGAAACCAAGCCAGAGGUCUGCCACCGAGCCAAAUACUGCUGGCAAAGAUUCGAAGAAGAGAAAAGCGGACAAGGAACUGGCGGCUCCUGGCGGCAAGAGAGCAGUGGCCAUGGCACCACAGCUAGCCAAGUGGGCGAACAAACAUGCAGAGCUAUAUGGAGGACGACCUCGAGAGUCGGCGGAUAAGACUGACGCCGACGAUGGAAAAACUCCCGCCACUGGCUCCAACAGCCUCGGAGGUCAUAUCACAAUGCCAUCAACCUCGGCUACGCCAACCAUGACGGUCUCCUACGCCGAUAUUGAUCGGAUGUGCUGUCUUCUUUGCAGACGAAAAUUUGUCAGCGAGCCAUCCCUCCGACGCCACGAACAGCAUAGUGACUUGCACAAGAAGAAUUUGGAGGAUGAAUCACUGAUUCAGAAAGCUACAGAGGAUCUCAAGGCUGUCGGCAAAGAGCCCAUCUCAAGUUAUAGAGACCGAGCCAAGGAACGUCGGAUGGCGCAUAAUCAACCCAACAAGCCGAAACAUCCACAAGCGCGUAAGCAUAACCAUGUGCCCAAAGAAACCGAGUCCAAAGAGGCAACUACCAGCAAGCCUGCACUCUCGAAAGGUGCAGGUUUACUGGCAAAGAUGGGCUGGAACACAGGCUCAGGACUUGGCGCUGAAGGCGAUGGACGAACGAACAUCAUCGAGACAAUGGCAUACACUCCCGGCGUCGGCCUGGGUGCUGAGGGUGGCAAGAUUGGCGACGCCGCUGAAGAAGCUGCUCGUGCUACAAAGAAUGACUAUGCGGAUUUUGUGGCCAAGGCCAAGGAUAAGGCUAGGCAGCGCUACGAGAACAUGGGCUGA